GCCGGGUGGCAAAGUCUGAAGAGCCGCUAAAAUGCUGCUGGAUUUGUCCGAGGAGCACAAGGAGCACUUGGCCUUCCUGCCGCAAGUGGACACUGCAGUGGUCGCCGAGUUCGGGAGGAUCGCCGUGGAGUUCCUCCGACGGGGCUCAAACCCGAAGAUCUACGAAGGCGCCGCCAGAAAACUGAACGUGAGUAGUGACACUAUCCAGCAUGGUGUGGAAGGAUUAACGUAUCUCCUCACCGAGAGCUCAAAGCUUAUGAUUUCUGAACUGGAUUUCCAAGACUCUGUCUUUGUUCUGGGAUUCUCUGAAGAACUAAACAAAUUAUUGCUUCAGCUCUACCUGGACAACAGAAAGGAGAUCAGAACUAUUCUGAACGAGUUAGCACCUCGUCUUCCCAGUUACCAUAGUCUUGAGUGGCGGCUAGAUGUACAGCUUGCAAGCAGAAGUCUCCGGCAACAGAUUAAGCCAGCAGUGACCAUAAAGCUGCACCUCGAUCAGAAUGGCGACCACAGCACUCAUUUCUUGCAGACAGACCCAGCUACCCUGCUUCAUUUGGUUCAGCAGCUGGAGCAGGCGUUAGAGGAAAUGAAAACAAACCACUGCAGGAGAGUAGUCCGCAGCAUCAAGUAGCUCUGAGGUUUCCUUCCUUCCAGUUGGAGACACUGGCGUGGCAGUGGUACGUCUGGAUUCGUGGAGUUUCUUUCCCUGCUCAGGAUGUUGAAAUCUUGAUCAGAAGCUGAGCCGCAGCUCCGUUUUGGUGCUGAAUGCGGUCAGCUUCUUGCAGGUUGGAAAGCAUUUUUUACUUCAAGUGUGUAAAGAGGAUGCACCAACUAAGAUGGAUCAAUACUGCUGAUUUCUGUGGACUCUUCGGACUUGGAUAUUUUUUUUAUCUACUUUAUUUCCUUUGCUCUUGAUCAAAAUUUGAAAAUAAAAUUCACUGUUACUACUUAGAACUAUUUCUAGACAGUUCAAUAUUUUUUUCUUCUAAAAGCACUAUACAAUUACAGCCAUAGAAAAAGACAAAUAGGAUUUCUACAAGCUUUUCUAUAUUGUUACAGGUAGCAUGUGUAUUCUUGUUUGUAUGUAAAGAUGAUAAGUAUCAUUUACCAUAUUGCUUACAUUUGAGUUAUUGGGGCUAAUUAAUUUAAGUGAUAUACAAGUUUGUGUGGUCUAAUGUACAUUUUAUCAGGGACUAACUUCCCCCAUUCCCAAAGCAACUAAAAGACACACCAUCACUUAGAUUUACAAACAAUGAUGUAAAAGUAGAAUGAUCAAUUCUUUUUUAUCUUUACAUAUUUAUUUUGUGUGGGUGGGUGUUUUGCCUACAUGUAUGUCUGUGCACCUUGUGUGUUCGUGCACACAGUGGCCAGAAAAGGGUAUUGGAUCCCUUGGAGCUAGACUUACAAAGGGGUGUAAGCUUCCACUGGGUGCUGAGGCUCAAACCCAGCUCAUCUAGAAGAGCAGUCAGUGCUCUUAACCACCAAACCAUCUCUCCAGCCCCAAAAUAGGUUUUUGUUUUUUUGUUUUGGUUUGCUUUAUGUUUUAAUAUUUACUUUAUUUGUGUGUGUUUUCAUCCAAAGGCUAAAGUUAGGGAGUUAGUUCUCUCUUCCUAUCCUAUGGGUCCUGGAGAUAGAACUCAGGUCAUCUGGCAUAUUGACAAAAACGUUUACCCACUAGUUGUCUUAGAUGUAUAGACAUAAUUUUAAUUACACUGAGGGCUAAGUUAAUGAAACUGCCACAUUAAAAAACCCACAAGGAAGGAAACCAUGAGUUAGCAGUGCAUGUCACGGGGUUUAAAGGUAGCCUCCCUGCCAAGCUGUUACAGCUCUGGGAGGCUUACUUGUCCACAGCGGACAGACGAUGAACUAGGUUUCCCCACUCCCAAUAUUGAAUGAUUAGCCUGUGUCCUUCUAAGCAACCUUUCUUCCACCCCUUGGUUCAUUGUCUUAGCUCAAUCAAAAGAUGAAAGCAGUUAGCAUAGUGGUACAUGACUAGUUCUAGUGCCUAGGAGACAGAGCUCUGUGAUUCCAAGGCAGCUUGCUCUACAGAACAUUCUAGGCCAGCUAGGGCCACAUGAAGAGACUCGGUCUACACACACACACCAAGAUAAAAGCAUAUGCUAUUUGAAAAAGGAAAAAAACAAAAACAAAAACAGUUCUCCCAACUGUUCUCAUAUUGAUUAUUUCUGUGGUGAUGGGCCCUUUGGGGGCAAAGAAAGAUUGUGAGUAAUCCCCCUGCCCCUCCCUCCAACACCUUUUAGACCUUAAACACCAUCAGGUAAGCAUAUUCCUUUUUGUUGUUGUUGUUUUUCUCAGACAUUGUUUUAUGACACAUUGGGUAAUUUUCAAUUCUUAAUUGCUUUUUAAAAAUAAAUUAGCCUGUAAAUUAAAGGGUUUCAUGAUGAAACCCCUUAUAUGUUUUCAUACAUAUACAUCAUUGUACUGUCUUUGUACUGUUUGAUCCUUCCCCGCCUUACUAGCCCCCCACCCACCCCGACCCCACUUCCUCUUGCUGGUCACCAUCCCUGAGUCACCCCUCUGCUUUCAUGUCAUAAGUAUUCCAUCAUCUUUUCUUUGUUCCCCUUCUGUAAGCUCUCUUAGGAUCCACAUAUAGAAGAAACACAUUAAUUUAAAUCUAGAUUCUGCAUAGUAAAAGUAUGGUAUUUGUCUAUAUUUUUCUGUUUAACAUAAUGAUCUACAGUUGUAUCUAUUUUCCUACAAAUGUCACAAUUUCAGUUUUUCUGUAUAGCUGAAUAAAAUUCCAUUGCAUUGGGGCUUGUAGAGAUGGCUCAGCAGUUAUGAGCACUAGUACCUCUUGAAGAAGAUCUGAGUUCAGUUCCCCAGUUCCCGGCACCCACAUGGCAGAUCACAACUGUCUAUGUAAACUCUAGUUCCAGGGAUCUGACACCCUUUUCUGGCUUCCUUGUGGUGUACAAACAUGCACAUAAGCAAAACACCUAU